AUGCCACAUGCAUCCCCCACCGCCCCUCCCCCACUGGCGCCAAAGUUGAGUCUGGCGGUGGUGCGGCGGUUAGUGCGCGAGGUGACGGAGAGGGCGGUGGGCGUGGAGGUGAUGGAGAGGGCGGUGGGCGUGGAGGUGACGGAGAGGGCGGUGGGCGUGGAGGUGACGGAGAGGGCGGUGGGCGUGGAGGUGACGGAGAGGGCGGUGGGCGUGGAGGGCAGUGAGCGUGGAGGUGACGGAGAGGGCGGUGGGCGUGGAGGUGACGGAGAGGGCGGUGGGCGUGGAGGUGACGGAGAGGGCGGUGGGCGUGGAGGUGACGGAGAGGGCGGUGGGCGUGGAGGAGACGGAGAGGGCGGUGGGCGUGGAGGUGACGGAGAGGGCGGUGGGCGUGGAGGGACGGAGAGGGCGGUGGGCGUGGAGGUGACGGAGAGGGCGGUGGGCGUGGAGGUGACGGAGAGGGCGGGGGGCGUGGAGGUGACGGAGAGGGCAGGGGGCGUGGAGGUGACGGAGAGGGCGGUGGGCGUGGAGGUGACGGAGAGGGCGGUGGGCGUGGAGGAGACGGAGAGGGCGGUGGGCGUGGAGGUGACGGAGAGGGCGGUGGGCGUGGAGGUGACGGAGAGGGCGGUGGGCGUGGAGGUGACGGAGAGGGCGGUGGGCGUGGAGGUGACGGAGAGGGCGGUGGGCGUGGAGGUGACGGAGAGGGCGGUGGGCGUGGAGGUGACGGAGAGGGCGGUGGGCGUGGAGGUGACGGAGAGGGCGGUGGGCGAGGAGGUGACGGAGAGGGCGGUGGGCGUGGAGGUGACGGAGAGGGCGGUGGGCGUGGAGGUGACGGAGAGGGCGGUGGGCGUGGAGGUGACGGAGAGGGCGGUGGGCGUGGAGGUGACGGAGAGGGCGGUGGGCGAGGAGGUGACGGAGAGGACGGUGGGCGUGGAGGUGACGGAGAGGGCGGUGGGCGUGGAGGUGAAGGAGAGGGCGGUGGGCGUGGAGGUGACGGAGAGGGCGGUGGGCGUGGAAGUGACGGAGAGGGCGGUGGGCGUGGAGGUGACGGAGAGGGCGGUGGGCGUGGAGGUGACGGAGAGGGCGGUGGGCGUGGAGGUGACGGAGAGGGCGGUGGGCGUGGAGAGGGCGGUGGGCGUGGAGGUGACGGAGAGGGCGGUGGGCGUGGAGGUGACGGAGAGGGCGGUGGGCGUGGAGAGGGCGGUGGGCGUGGAGGUGACGGAGAGGGCGGUGGGCGUGGAGGUGACGGAGAGGGCGGUGGGCGUGGAGGUGACGGAGAGGGCGGUGGGCGUGGAGGUGACGGAGAGGGCGGUGGGCGUGGAGGUGACGGAGAGGGCGGUGGGCGUGGAGGUGACCCGCGGCGUGCGGCGGGGCAGCAGCUUGCUUGCCUGCAUUCUUAUCGCACGUUUGAUCGCGCUGCGCAUGCAAAAACUCUCACCGUGUCCUUCCUUCACCCCGCCCCAUUCUCCCGCUUUCCAUCACCUCGCCCCAUUCUCCCGCUUUCAAUCACCCCGCCCCAUUCUCCCGCUUUCCAUCACCCCGCCCCAUUCUCCCGCUUUCCAUCACCCCGCCCCAUUCUCCCGCUUUCCAUCACCCCGCCCCAUUCUCCCGCUUUCCAUCACCCCGCCCCAUUCACCCGCUUUCCAUCACCCCGCCCCAUUCUCCCGCUUUCCAUCACUCCGCCCCAUUCUCCCGCUUUCCAUCACCCCGCCCCAUUCUCCCGCUUUCCAUCACCCCGCCCCAUUCUCCUGCUUUCCAUCACCCAGCCCCAUUCACCUGCUUUCCAUCACCCAGCCCCAUUCUCCCGCUUUCCAUCACCCAGCCCCAUUCUCCCUCUUUCCAUCACCCCGCCCCAUUCUCCCUCUUUCCAUCACCCCGCCACAUUCUCCCUCUUUCAAUCGCCCCGCCCCAUUCUCCCGCUUUCCAUCGCCCCGCCCCAUUCUCCCGCUUUCCAUCGCCCCGCCCCAUUCUCCCGCAUUCCAUCGCCCCGCCCCAUUCUCCCGCAUUCCAUCGCCCCGCCCCAUUAUCCCGCUUUCCAUCACCCCGCUCCAUUCUCCCGCUUUCCAUCACCCCCCCCAUUCUCCCGCACUCCAUCACCCCGCCCCAUUCUCCCUCUUUCCAUCACCCCGCCCCAUUUUCCCGCUUUCCAUCACCCCACCACAUUCUCCCGCUUUCCAUCACCCCGCCCCAUUCGCCCGCCUUCCAUCACCCCGCCCCAUUCUCCCGCCUUCCAUCACCCCGCCCCAUUCUCCCGCUUUCCGUCACCCCGCUCCGUCACCCCGCCCCAUUCUCCCGCUUUCCGUCACCCCGCCCCAUUCUCCCGCUUUCCGUCACCCCGCCCCAUUCUCCCGCUUUCCGUCACCCCGCCCCAUUCUCCCGCUUUCCAUCACCCCGCCCCGUUCUCCCGCUUUCCAUCAACCCGCCCCAUUCUCCCGCUUUCCAUCACCCCGCCCCAUUCUCCCGCUUUCCAUAACCCCGCCCCAUUCUCCCUCCUUCCAUCACCCCGCCCCAUUCUCCCGCUUUCCAUCACCCCGCCCCAUUCUCCCGCUUUCCAUCACCCCGCCCCAUUCUCCCGCUUUCCAUCACCCCGCCCCAUUCUCCCGCUUUCCAUCACCCCGCCCUAUUCUCCCGCUUUCCAUCACCCCGCCCCAUUCUCCCGCUUUCCAUCACCCCGCCCCAUUCUCCCGCAUUCCACCACCCGGCCCCAUUCUCCCGCUUUCCAUCACCCCGCCCCAUUCUCCCGCUUUCCAUCACCCCGCCCCAUUCUCCCGCUUUCCAUCACCCCGCCCCAUUCUCCCGCUUUCCAUCACCCCGCCCCAUUCUCCCUCCUUCCAUCACCCCCCUCCUUCCAUCACCCCGCCCCAUUCUUUCCAUCACCCCGCCCCAUUCUCCCGCUUUCCAUCACCCCGGCCCAUUCUCCCGCUUUCCAUCACCCCGCCCCAUUCUCCCGCUUUCCAGCACUCCGCCCCAUUCUCCUGCUUUCCAUCAUCCCGCCCGAAUCUCCCGCUUUCCAUCACCCCGCCCCAUUCUCCCGCUUUCCAUCACCCCGCCCCAUUCUCCCUCUUUCCAUCACCCCGUCCUAUUCUCCCUCUUUCCAUCACCCCGCCCCAUUCUCCCUCUUUCCAUCACCCCGCCCCAUUCUCCCUCUUUCCAUCACCCCGCCCCAUUCUCCCUCUUUCCAUCACCACGCCCCAUUCUCCCUCUUUCCAUAACCCCGCCUCAUUCUCGCGCUUUCCAUCACCCCGCCCCAUCUUCCGCUUUCCAUCACCCCGCCCCAUUCUCCCGCUUUCCAUCACCCCGCCCCAUUCUCCCGCUUUCCAUCACCCCGCCCCAUUCUCCCGCUUUCCAUCACCCCGCCCCAUUCUCCCGCUUUCCAUCACCCCGCCCUAUUCUCCCGCUUUCCAUCACCCCGCCCCAUUCUCCCGCUUUCCAUCACCCCGCCCCAUUCUCCCGCUUUCCACCACCCGGCCCCAUUCUCCCACUUUCCAUCACCCCGCCCCAUUCUCCCGCUUUCCAUCACCCCGCCCCAUUCUCCCGCUUUCCAUCACCCCGCCCCAUUCUCCCGCUUUCCAUCACCCCGCCCCAUUCUCCCGCUUUCCAUCACCCCGCCCCAUUCUCCCGCUUUCCAUCACCCCGCCCUAUUCUCCCGCUUUCCAUCACCCGGCCCCAUUCUCCCGCUUUCCAUCACCCCGCCCCAUUCUCCCGCUUUCCAUCACCCCGCCCCAUUCUCCCGCUUUCCAUCACCCCGCCCCAUUCUCCCGCUUUCCAUCACCCCGCCCCAUUCUCCCUCCUUCCAUCACCCCCCUCCUUCCAUCACCCCGCCCCAUUCUCCCGCUUUCCAUCACCCCGCCCCAUUCUCCCGCUUUCCAUCACCCCGGCCCAUUCUCCCGCUUUCCAUCACCCCGCCCCAUUCUCCCGCUUUCCAGCACUCCGCCCCAUUCUCCUGCUUUCCAUCAUCCCGCCCGAAUCUCCCGCUUUCCAUCACCCCGCCCCAUUCUCCCGCUUUCCAUCACCCCGCCCCAUUCUCCCUCUUUCCAUCACCCCGUCCUAUUCUCCCUCUUUCCAUCACCCCGCCCCAUUCUCCCUCUUUCCAUCACCCCGCCCCAUUCUCCCUCUUUCCAUCACCCCGCCCCAUUCUCCCUCUUUCCAUCACCACGCCCCAUUCUCCCUCUUUCCAUAACCCCGCCUCAUUCUCGCGCUUUCCAUCACCCCGCCCCAUCUUCCGCUUUCCAUCACCCCGCCCCAUUCUCCCGCUUUCCAUCACCCCGCCCCAUUCUCCCGCUUUCCAGCACCCCGCCCCAUUCUCUCGCUUUCCAUCACCCCGCCCCAUUCUCCCGCGUACCAUCACCCCGCCCCAUUCUUCCGCUUUCCAUCACCCCGCCCCAUUCUCCCUCUUUCCAUCACCCCGCCCCAUUCUCCCUCUUUCCAUCACCCCGCCCCAUUCUCCCGCUUUCCAUCACCCCGCCCCAUUCUCCCUCUUUCCAUCAUCCCGCCCCAUUCUCCCUCUUUCCAUCACCCCACCCCAUUCUCCCUCUUUCCAUCACCCCGCCCCAUUCUCCCUCUUUUCAUAACCCCGCCCCAUUCUCCCGCUUUCCAACACCCCGCCCCAUUCUCCCGCUUUCCAUCACGCCGCCCCAUUCUCCCGUUUUCCAUCACCCCGCCCCAUUCUCCCGCUUUCCAUCACCCCGCCCCAUUCUCCCGCUUUCCACGACCCGCCCGAUUCUCCCGCAUUCCAUCACUUUGCCCCAUUCUCCCGCUUUCCAUCGCCCCGCCCCAUUCUCCCUCUUUCCAUCACCCCGCCCCAUUCUCCCGCUUUCCAUCACCCCCCCCAUUCUCCCUCUUUCCAUCACCCCGCCCAUUCUCCCUCUUUCCAUCACCCCGCCCCAUUCUCCCUCUUUCCAUAACCCCGCCCCAUUCUCCCGCUUUCCAUCACCCCGCCCUAUUCUCCCGCUUUCCAUCACCCCGCCCCAUUCUCCCGCUUUCCAUCACCCCGCCCCAUUCUCCCGCUUUCCACCACCCGGCCCCAUUCUCCCACUUUCCAUCACCCCGCCCCAUUCUCCCGCUUUCCAUCACCCCGCCCCAUUCUCCCGCUUUCCAUCACCCCGCCCCAUUCUCCCGCUUUCCAUCACCCCGCCCCAUUCUCCCGCUUUCCAUCACCCCGCCCCAUUCUCCCGCUUUCCAUCACCCCGCCCUAUUCUCCCGCUUUCCAUCACCCGGCCCCAUUCUCCCGCUUUCCAUCACCCCGCCCCAUUCUCCCGCUUUCCAUCACCCCGCCCCAUUCUCCCGCUUUCCAUCACCCCGCCCCAUUCUCCCGCUUUCCAUCACCCCGCCCCAUUCUCCCUCCUUCCAUCACCCCCCUCCUUCCAUCACCCCGCCCCAUUCUCCCGCUUUCCAUCACCCCGCCCCAUUCUCCCGCUUUCCAUCACCCCGGCCCAUUCUCCCGCUUUCCAUCACCCCGCCCCAUUCUCCCGCUUUCCAGCACUCCGCCCCAUUCUCCUGCUUUCCAUCAUCCCGCCCGAAUCUCCCGCUUUCCAUCACCCCGCCCCAUUCUCCCGCUUUCCAUCACCCCGCCCCAUUCUCCCUCUUUCCAUCACCCCCACCCCGCCCCAUUCUCUCGCUUUCCAUCACCCCGCCCCAUUCUCCCGCGUACCAUCACCCCGCCCCAUUCUUCCGCUUUCCAUCACCCCGCCCCAUUCUCCCUCUUUCCAUCACCCCGCCCCAUUCUCCCUCUUUCCAUCACCCCGCCCCAUUCUCCCGCUUUCCAUCACCCCGCCCCAUUCUCCCUCUUUCCAUCAUCCCGCCCCAUUCUCCCUCUUUCCAUCACCCCACCCCAUUCUCCCUCUUUCCAUCACCCCGCCCCAUUCUCCCUCUUUUCAUAACCCCGCCCCAUUCUCCCGCUUUCCAACACCCCGCCCCAUUCUCCCGCUUUCCAUCACGCCGCCCCAUUCUCCCGUUUUCCAUCACCCCGCCCCAUUCUCCCGCUUUCCAUCACCCCGCCCCAUUCUCCCGCUUUCCACGACCCGCCCGAUUCUCCCGCAUUCCAUCACUUUGCCCCAUUCUCCCGCUUUCCAUCGCCCCGCCCCAUUCUCCCUCUUUCCAUCACCCCGCCCCAUUCUCCCGCUUUCCAUCACCCCCCCCAUUCUCCCUCUUUCCAUCACCCCACCCAUUCUCCCUCUUUCCAUCACCCCGCCCCAUUCUCCCUCUUUCCAUAACCCCGCCCCAUUCUCCCGCUUUCCAUCACCCCGCACCAUUCUCCCUCUUUCCAUCACUAGGUUAGACUAUUUUGUGCUAGUCCACUAG